CUGUAAUCUGAGAGUUUCAAGCGGCCACACAAAAUAUUUUAAGCUCGUGACUUACUUUUGUUUACGUGCGUCACUGACAAGAAAUACCAUUUUGAGAAAUUAUACCACGUUGACUUAAAUUUUUGCUGCCAUGAAAGAGGAAGAUAAGGUGGCGGGUCCAAGCCUGAUGCUGGGCUAUGAGACUAUCAAGGAAGAAACAUUUCUGUUUGAGGAAACAGACGGUUUUCAUUAUGAAGGUGGCAGUGACUUGGAUUUUAAAACUGAGGAUUCCCCAUAUGAGGAUGAUGAACAGUCCAACGAAGCAUUGGAGUCGAAUACUGUACUUAACAAAAACAAUCUUGAAAGGAAUGAGAAGACCAGCCCUAAGAAAGGAAAUCAAGUGACUAAUGGAAGAACAAGAAGUUCUCUAACCUGUAAAUUGUGUUCCAGGAAGUUUCGCCGUGCAGGUAACCUACGGAAUCAUUCUCUAGUGUGUGAAGGCGGGGGGCCAUACAUAUGCAGAUUGUGUGGCAAAGAAGUUGCAAACCAAGAGAACCUGGACAGACAUGUUGAAGAAUUGCAUAUGAUAGGAGUUAAAAAAUUUGUGUGCGAUGAAUGUGGGAAAAAUUUCACUCGGAAAGGGAAUCUGAAAUCACAUAUGGUUGUACACACAAAGGCAAAGAGGGAUAAUCAUUUUGGCUGUCAUAAAUGCGGUGAGGAAUUUGAUGACCGAUCCACCCUAAUGAGACAUGUACGAGGACAUGAUGGUCAAGAGUGCAGAGAAUGUGGCAUGAUAUUUUCAAGGGAACGCCUCAGUGUACACAUGGCUAUGCACAUGAGAGAGAAAUGCAGCAAAAAAAAGUUAACCACUAAAGGCAAGUCACAGAAAUGCCUUCGAGAAAUUACAGAAGAAGAGAUACGCAGGAACUCGAGAACAGUUAGUAAGAAGAGAAGGAAAGGGAAGAAAAGUGGUGAAUUAAGCAGCAAGAUAAAAAAAAUCAGGAGUAAUCCUUUAUCUGUCAUGUGGAAUGUGUUUAAUUCUGAGUGAUUGUACUAAACCAUGCCUGUAGCACUGCUACCAGCCAGCACUUAGGUUAGGGCAAUUCAGACAAGUCAUAUGAAAUGUAUUUUAUGAUACAAAUUCUGGAAUUGUCACAAAAAAUAGGUUAAUGAAUGGUAAGACAGGUCUGGUGAAUUAUAAAAUAAAAGUAACUGUACUAUGUACUGUUUUUGAAGGCAAAAUUCAUUAUGUAAUAAUGUAUUUUUUUAUUAUUUAUAAUUGAUCAAGCAAAAUUAAAGCACAGAUAUUGCUUGGCUACAGAAAAUUUAAGGCCCUGAGGAGAGUGGAAGAUUUCUUUUUCGUGUUAUCAGAGAGCAGUAUAAUAUAUUACACUGCAAUGCCUGUAAGAGAAAGAGAAAGAUUUUGUAUUAUUUUGCAUGAAACUGUGGAUAUGGUCUGCACAGGUUUUGUUAUUCAGGUAUCUUGUCAUCCACUUUAAACUUUGCAAGAAAGAAGUAAUAUGAGUGAUAAUUAUUCUAGUCAGAAGUAUGGUACAAUAAGUUUUGUGAAAUAAUUAUUGAAACAUUCUGCAUUGACUAUGAUUUUCUCUAAACCAAUGACUUUGACCAUUACUUUAUUGAUGUACAAGUUACAACACCCAACCAGUCAACAUUAUAGUGAUUAUAAGGGUAACUGGCAUCCCAUGAAAUCAAUUAAGCUAGUCAUCCUAAUGAUAAUGAUAUUCAGUGGGAUUGGUAAUUUUACAUGUAUAAUUGUAAAGCAAAAUGUAUUAAAAAGACAUUUCACUUGCUGUAUUCUGAGACAUUUAAAGAUAUUUCUUGUAUUGAUUGAAUAUUACAGGAAGAUAAAUUUUGAAAUUGGCAAA